AUGUCCUCGAUGCACACACUCUCCGAGGUGUCAUACGACCUCAGCGCCGACCUGUUUCCGGACUUCGACGGCGCAUAUAUCGUUCAGGAGAAUCAGUGGAGGCCAAGCGAUACUGGUGCUGAGGAUGGGGAGACACAUUCAUGUACGGCUUCUAAAGCACUUGAUGAUGGAGGCACGCGAGGUGAUCUUCUUGUUCCAACAGUGGCUGAAGGCAAGGCUGAAGACGAGGGUGGAACGAAGCGUGCUUACAUCACCUAUCCUGAGUGGCAGGAUCUUCAAAGUCGACUGCAUCAAGUCGUGGACUUCAGACAGAUUUCUCAAGAUAAUCAUGAGCAGUAUCUUCAACCAUGGCCUGGCAACAACCUUGAGUACCAGUCGUUUAGCAAUCCGAGUCACCUUUCAGAUUCCAGCUUUGCGUCGACAGUAUCAAGUCAACGGUCUUCCAACUACAGUAACUUCUCCGCUCCACCAAGAGGCUCAAUAUCGUCUUCCAUGUCAACAUGGUCAAAUAGUCCCAAUAUCUCAUACGACCCUCGUCAGAUACACGCCGAUUACCUGCAGGAUAAUGCGCUACCAGCUCGGAAUUCCUAUAACCAGAUGAGAUUAGAUGAAGUCAUCUUGCCAGCUGCAACAAGAAGAGCGAUUAGGCGGCCGUCUACACAAGAGAAGGAUUACUUCAGAACAUGUGUCUCAGCUAGCAAACAUUCCCGGUCCUGUAGCAAGGAACACAAGUAUUUCUGCACAAGCUGUGAGAGAUUUUUUGUAGAAAAAGCAGACUGGAAAAGGCACGAGGAAACCUACCAGGAGCGACCGGAGAUGUUCAAAUGCGACCUCUGUCCCGCGAUAUACUUCCUCGAGAAGGACUUCGCUACACACCACGUGCAAUCUCAUCGAUGUGCUCCUUGCGCCGAGAACAUCAGGUGUAACAGGAAGGCCCACGUACUUUCGGCCAGAAAGCAGCGCAUGAAUCGAACAGGCUGGGGAUGUGGGUUUUGCUGUCAUUUCAGCUCUGACUGGACCGAGAGAUGCAACCACAUCGCUCAGCACAUUGAGAAGGAAGGUCUCACGAAAUCAAGAUGGUAUCACAGCAAGGUGAUCCUCUCCUUAUUGCAACGGCCAGAAGUGUACUACGAAUGGACAAGUCUGCUUCGAAGCGCUCAACCACGCAUCACAACCUGCUCAUGGAAUCAGCAUUCGACAGGGCGGGUUGAAGGCUAUCCGGAGAGUAACCCCACUCCGCAGCUUCAGGAUUAUCUUGAGUAUUUCAGCCCGGAUCAAGACGCAGCGUCACUGGCGCAGCUGGCAUUUGAUAAGAUGGUCAAGAUUACCGCGCCACCCCCAGUACCACCUAAAGACUACCGCAAUACGUCACUUCGGGACUUGACAAGAGAGACGGAGUCAUGGACACAGUUUAUCAACUCGGUUGUUGAGAACGAUGUUUUUCCUACAGGCGUUUGUCGUAUCGAUAGAUGGUAG